GUUUGGUUCAGUGUGCGUGUAAAGAGAAAAUUUUCUCACCACACAGAGAACAUUGCUUGUCUAAUUGUUUUAGUGGUUUUUCUAUUUUAAACUGCAUUUCGAUUUCGUCAUUUGUGCUUUAAAAAUAAAAUCAAACCUAGUGAACCGGCAGUUUAUUGAAUAAAAUAAAAAAAUGGAAGCUUUAAUUCCAGUUGUUAAUAAAUUGCAAGAUGUAUUUAAUACGGUUGGUUCGGAUUCAAUUCAGCUACCACAAAUUGUCGUGCUUGGAAGUCAGAGUUCGGGAAAAAGUUCGGUCAUCGAAAGUUUGGUGGGACGUUCAUUUUUACCGCGUGGAACUGGAAUUGUAACACGACGACCACUUGUUUUGCAAUUAAUCUAUUGCCCAUUGGAUGAUAAAGACCAUCGAUCAGCUGAACAAGAGUCGACAUUAUUUCAAAGUUUCACUAAUUUUAUUGGCUCUUCAAAUGCAGGCACAGUUAAGCUUGACGAAUGGGGUAAAUUUUUGCACACAAAGAACAAGGUUUACGCCGAUUUCGAUGAAAUACGCAAAGAAAUCGAAAAUGAAACCGAUCGUAUGGCUGGCACGAACAAAGGAAUCUGCCCUGAACCGAUCAACUUGAAAAUUUACUCAACACGAGUUGUGAAUUUAACGUUGGUCGAUUUACCCGGAUUGACAAAAGUGCCCGUUGGCGAUCAACCAGAAGAUAUUGAAACACAAAUCAAAGAAUUAAUUAUAAAACACAUCGAAAAUCCAAAUUCGAUCAUUUUGGCAGUUACCGCAGCAAACACCGAUUUGGCAACCAGUGAAAGUUUGAAAAUGGCUAAAGAAGUCGAUCCGGACGGUAGACGCACACUGGCCGUUGUCACUAAAUUAGAUUUAAUGGAUGCUGGCACUGAUGCCAUUGAUAUACUCUGUGGACGCGUUAUCCCCGUUAAACUCGGAAUCAUCGGCGUUGUCAAUCGUUCACAACAAGAUAUUAUCGACAGAAAAAGUAUUAACGAUCAAUUAAAGGAUGAAGCAGCUUAUUUACAACGGAAGUACCCAACAUUAGCCACGAGAAAUGGCACACCCUAUUUAGCCAAAACACUUAAUCGACUUCUUAUGCAUCAUAUUCGAGAUUGUUUACCAGAUCUUAAGACUCGUGUCAAUGUCAUGAUCACACAAUUUCAAUCGUUAUUAAAUUCAUACGGAGAGGAUGUUACUGAUAAAUCGCAAACUUUGUUACAAAUCAUAACAAAGUUUGCGAGUGCAUAUUGUUCGACGAUCGAAGGAACGGCCAGAAAUAUCGAAACAACCGAACUCUGUGGCGGUGCAAGAAUGUGUUAUAUUUUUCAUGAGACAUUUGGCAGAACACUUGAUGGCAUUCAUCCAUUGACCGGAUUGACAAAAAUGGAUAUCCUGACGGCAAUCCGAAAUGCAACUGGUCCACGCCCGGCGCUUUUUGUGCCAGAGGUAUCAUUCGAAUUGUUGGUGAAACGUCAAAUUCGUCGUUUGGAAGAGCCAUCUUUGCGUUGCGUUGAAUUGAUCCACGAGGAAAUGCAGCGAAUUAUUCAACACUGUGGCAAUGAGGUGCAACAAGAAAUGCUACGAUUCCCAAAGCUACAUGAGAAAAUUGUGGAUGUUGUGACUCAAUUGUUGCGUCGUCGUUUACCAAAUACAAAUUCAAUGGUUGAAAAUAUUGUGGCCAUUGAAUUAGCUUAUAUCAAUACAAAGCAUCCGGAUUUUCAUAAAGAUGCAGCACUGGUGCCCAGUCUCUUGAAAACCGAACACCAAGAGAAUCCAUGGAAUCAACGUCCCGAUGGUGGUAUUGAAAAAAGACGACAAAAUCGUAACCAUUCACCGGCUGUGUAUAACAAUCACGUUGAUGCAAUGACCGAAUCACAAAAUAAUCAUAAAAUUAAUGAUCAUAACAGUCAAGAUGAUCAAAAAGCAUCAGGAUGGUUGGCCAAUAUUCUACCACCAGCUACGCCAGCAUACCCAUCAAGCAGACCACCCACUGACAGCACAGAGAGCUCAUCGACAAACACACCAACUCACGGCGUUUUAAGCCCAUUGAAACCAGUCAAUUUGUUGCCCGACGUUCCGCUCAAUCCAACCGCUCGCAAACUAACUGAAAAAGAGCAAAAAGAUUGCGAUGUCAUUGAACGACUCAUCAAAUCCUACUUCUAUAUUGUUCGCAAAUCAAUUCAAGAUUCUGUACCAAAAGCAAUUAUGCAUUUUUUGGUUAACUAUGUAAAAGAUAAUCUACAAUCGGAAUUAGUUACGCAUUUAUAUAAAUCAGAAAAUGCCGAAGAUUUCUUGAACGAAUCGGACCAUAUUGCCGUUCGACGAAAGGAAGCUGCUGAUAUGCUCAAGGCAUUGACCCGAGCUAAUCAUAUAAUUAGUGAAAUACGUGAAACUCAUAUGUGGUAAACUUGAGAAAUUGUCGCAUCUAUUUGUUUGAGACAAAUUUCAUCUUGUGAACCGAAUUCAUCACUAUUUCUUCUAUUUUAUCAUUUGAACGCAUUUUUAUUUUAUUGGUUUUUGAUAAUAUAAUUGACCAAAUUGUAAUCAAACACGUUGCAGACAUGGGAUAUUCUAAUGUUCCCAAAAUGCACGUUUCAUUUAUCUGAAUUGUUGAAAAAAACACACACACAAAAACUAAAUGUUCGAAAAUAAGAAAAAAAAAAUUGGCAAAUGUUUGUUGAAAUUCAGGAAAAUUCUUCGAAACACUUGCUUGGAGAAAACAGAAAAGACAAAAAUGAUCUUGUGUUAGAAACAUAUGGCAUUAGAUUAGAUUCAUUUCAGUGAUAUUUCGAUAUUGGCACAAUUUCUUCAAUUAAGUUUCGUGUUUCGAGUUACACAUUUACAUUAUAAAUAAUUUCAACAUUUUGCUGUUAUUGUAGAAAUAAAGUACUCUCCGCAUAUUAAAUCAUUGAGAUAGGCAUUUUUUUGUCAAAUGAAAUUAUAGUUUAAACAAUCGAAAUCACAAAAA